CAUUAAUUAAUAUGUUAAAUUAGAAUAAAAAGAAAGAGAUAAGAGAACAAAGAAUGGGUAUAUAAAAAUGGUAGCAAACAAAAUAGCUUCGUGGCACAAUUAUUGUGGGCAAACCGAUGAAGAAACACAACAUUUUUUAUUUUUUUUGGUUUUGUUAAUUUUUAUUUUGUAUGAUGCAAUUUGUACAGUUUGAUUUGAUUGAAUGACUAAGACGGACGUAUCCGAAUCAACACGGUAUUGCGCCAACGGAACACAUUCUACGUAGAAAGACAAGCUUACCAAAUCCAUCCCUGUCUCUAAACUUUUUGUGUAUUCGGAAGAAGAUUGCAUUUUCUUUUGCAAUCCACCCUAAACGGAAAAGCAAAAAUAAAAUAAACUUUACUAUUAGUGUCUGUAUCACUUUGUGUUAUGCUCUUCCUCUAUUUCCAUAUUUAUAUUUUAUGGUUCAAUUUCACAUACAUACAUACAUAUUCCCAGUUUAAUCUUAUUUAUUUCCAUUUUUUUUUAUAAUUUCUUUGCCAAAAUUAUUUCUGCUAACCACUCUCUGUGAUUGAUUUUGAUGUUACCAAAAAAAUUGAGGAGGAUUAAAUUGGCAUGAUAAGGAUCAAGGAGGUGCAUGCUAUGUUAUGUGAUGAUGGAGGAACUGCCAGGGGCGUUUGGCAGCAGCGGAAGCUUCGCUCUUCGUUUGGGUCAGACCGUGUUCUCCUCUGCUUCCCUUUUCUUCAUGUGCUUGGACGUCAGUUUCUACUCCUACACUGCUUUCUGCUUUUUGGUAAUAGUCAUGGGUUUGGUAAUUCCAUGGAGCAUAACAUUGUUAGUGAUAGAUGGCUACACCGUCUUCAUACAAAAGUUACCGAUUCAACGAAGGCUCAUAACGACAAUCAUUUCGGGAGACAUAGUUUUGUCAUAUCUUUCACUGGCUGCAGCAAGUUCUACAGAAGGUGUCACCAAUCUUCUGCUUGAAAGUGGAUCCCAUUGCCCGGCAAAGUUAUGUGCUAGAUUUCAAUUCUCUGCUGCUAUGGCCUUCUUGUCUUGGUUUCUUACAUCAGCUUCCUGUCUUUUUAAUUUUUGGCUUGUCUGCUGUGUGUAAAAUAUAUAGCUCGUUGUUGAUAUCUACAUGAAUUAAAAGGGGGCAAAUGACCGAAGCCAUUUGCUCUUCAGGCAAAUAUUUUCUGUUUCCCCCUCAUAAAUUUUGAUUGCUGUAGUCAACAAUGUUUCAUCUCGA